UCGGCUUCCGUCAACGUCGCGUAAGCGCUUGACGUCAGCAUAACAACAAUCUGUCAUGACAGCUCGUAUGGGGAAAAAACAUCGAUAAAGAUUUGAUAUCAAGUCAUAUAAAAUCGGUCUCACCUGGAUGUAAGAUUCCUUCUGUAAGGAGGGACAGGGCAGUCUUGAACCUGUCAGUUUAGCCAGCCGAAGAGACGGGGAACAGGAUAGGGAAGCAGGGCGAGGCGGGCCCCGCGGAGCCGGUGGAGAAGAUGGCCGGCAGCCCGGAGAAGAGUUCCACCGCGCAGGAGCUGAAGGAGCAGGGGAACCGGCUGUUCCUCUGCCGCAAGUACCAGGAGGCUGCUACAUGCUACAGUAAAGCUAUUAACCGUAAUCCAUCUGUGGCAGUGUACUACACAAACAGGGCUCUCUGCCAUGUGAAGCUGCAGCAGCAUGACAAGGCUCUGGCAGAUUGUAAGCAUGCACUGGAGCUGGACAGCCAGUCAGUCAAGGCCCACUUCUUCUUGGGCCAGUGUCACCUGGAGCUGGAGAACUACGAUGAGGCCAUAGGCAACCUGCAGAAAGCUUAUAACCUGGCAAAAGAACAGAGGCUGAAUUUUGGAGAUGACAUCCCCAGCGCCUUGCGCAUUGCCAAGAAAAAACGUUGGAAUAGCAUUGAGGAGAAGCGCAUAAACCAAGAGAACGAGUUACACGCCUAUCUGACCAAACUCAUACUGGCUGAGAAGGAAAGAGAACUAGAAGAAUACAAAGAGAAACAGGACGACAAUCAAAAUGGAGGCGAUGCUGCCAAGAUUGCAUCAAAACAUGACAAGUAUCUAAUGGACAUGGAUGAGCUCUUCUCUCAAGUGGAUGAGAAGAGAAAAAAGCGGGAGAUCCCAGAUUACCUGUGCGGGAAGAUUAGUUUUGAGCUCAUGAGGGAGCCUUGCAUCACACCCAGUGGAAUCACCUAUGAUCGCAAGGACAUU